CAUUGCGGAAACCACCCAAAACUAACGUGAAACCCCACGUUUUAUUCUUCUUAUGAUUAAUCCUGAGAUACAUAACACAAUGGAAAUGACUUCUGGAUUGUUAGGCAAUGGGAUCCCAGAAGCGAUGGGACAAAACCGCGGGAACAUAAAACGUUGCCUCGAGAAGUACAUUGAGAAGGGCAGAAGGUUGUUGAAAUUGAACCAGUUGAUGGAUGAGAUGGAGAUUGUUAUCAAUGAUUUAGUCCAAAGAAAGCAAGUCAUGGAAGGUGAUCUUGGCAAGAUCUUAUGCUUCACUCAGGAGGCAGUGGUAAUACCUCCAAAUGUAGCAUUUGCGGUACGAGGAAACCCGGGAAAUUGGCAAUAUGUGAAGGUUAACUCUUCCGAUCUCUCCGUGGAGGCUCUAUCGAACACUCAAUAUCUCAAACUCAAAGAGUUUCUCUUUGAUGAGAACUGGGCUAAGGAUGACAAUGCAUUGGAGGUCGACUUUGGGGCGUUCGAUUUCACUCUGCCUCAGCUUUCGCUGUCGUCUUCAGUAGGGAACGGCCUGAGUUUUGUGUCCUCAAAGCUUGGCGGCCGUUUAAACGACAACCCGCAGUCUCUCGUGGACUACUUGUUGUCACUUGAGCAUCAAGGAGAGAACCUUAUGAUGAAUGAGACACUAAACACGGCAAGAAAGCUUGAGAUGAGUUUGAUUUUGGCUGAUGUUUUCCUAUCGGAGCUGCCUAAGGAAACACCUUUCCAAGCCUUCGAACUCAGGUUUAAGGAGUGGGGUUUCGAGAAAGGAUGGGGAGAAAACGCAGGAAAAGUAAAAGAGACAAUGAGGAUCUUGUCGGAGAUUCUUCAAGCCCCUGACCCCCGAAAUAUUGAUAGAUUCUUCGCCAGGAUUCCUAGAAUCUUCAACGUUGUCAUCUUCUCGAUUCAUGGCUAUUUUGGUCAAAACGAUGUUCUUGGUUUGCCUGAUACUGGUGGUCAGGUCGUUUACAUUCUUGACCAAGUCAAGGCCCUUGAAGAUGAAUUGCUUCAUAGAAUCAACUCUCAAGGCCUAAAUUUCAAACCUCAGAUUCUUGUUGUGACAAGAUUAAUCCCCGACGCCAAGGAUACUAAAUGUAACCAAGAAUUAGAACCCAUCACUGGUACCAAACAUUCAAAUAUUCUUCGAAUUCCAUUUGUAACAGAGAAUGGAAUUUUACGUCGUUGGGUAUCUCGCUUUGAUAUCUACCCUUACCUAGAGAAAUUCACCAAGGAUGCAACAACAAAAAUCUUGGAUAUUUUGGAGGGGAAACCUGACCUAGUUAUAGGAAACUAUACGGAUGGAAACUUGGUGGCAUCGCUGAUGGCAAAUAAGCUUGGAAUUACUCAGGCAACUAUUGCACAUGCCUUGGAGAAGACUAAAUACGAAGACUCGGACAACAAAUGGAAAGAGUUUGAUCCUAAAUAUCAUUUUUCAUCUCAAUUCACGGCGGACUUAAUCUCUAUGAACUCUGCCGAUUUCAUCAUAGCUAGCACUUAUCAAGAGAUUGCUGGAAGCAAAGAAAGAGCGGGACAAUACGAGAGCCACAUGAGCUUCACACUCCGGGACUAUACAGAGUUGUCUCCGGCAUCAAUGUCUUUGAUCCGAGGUUCAACAUUGCAGCUCCUGGCGCGGAUGACUCUAUAUACUUCCCUUUUACCUCACAAGACCGAAGAUUCACCAAGUUUCAUCCUUCCAUUGAAGAACUAUUGUAUAGCCAAAAUGAGAAUGAUGAACACAUUGGCUACUUGGUGGACAAGAAGAAACCGAUCAUCUUCUCAAUGGCAAGGCUAGAUGUUGUGAAAAACUUAACCGGAUUAACAGAGUGGUACGCCAAGAACAAGAGGCUACGAGAUUUAGUCAACCUUGUAAUCGUAGGAGGAUUCUUUGACCCUUCCAAGUCUAAAGACAGGGAAGAGAUCUCGGAGAUAAAGAAGAUGCACUCCCUGAUUGAGAAAUACCAACUCAAGGGUCAGUUUAGAU